AUACAUGAUCCCGCAGAUCUUUCACAUUGCAUACCUCGAGUCAACUCCAAUAACAAACAGUUAGAUACGUCUCGACGGAAAGUCAAAGCUUAUGCUCGAGAGGCUCAGAAUGCCGAGAAACGAGUCAUGAAUGUUGAUCUCCGAGAUACCAUCAACAAACGGAAUUUCCCUAUUACGUUCAGUAUUGAAGACGCUAACUUGUUUGCUCAUCCUCAUUCUGAUGCUCUUAUUAUAACCGCCCCGAUUGGGGGAAUUCCUGUUCAUCGGAUCUUGGUCGACACAGGAGCGUAUUCAAGUAUCUUAAUGCUCCGUACUUUCAAGAAAUUGGGUUUGGACCCAGCAGACAUUAGACCGUGUAACGAUCAGAUUCAAGGUUUCAACGGAAGCAUUUCUUGCCCCGUUGGCGAAAUAUUGCUCCCCAUUCGAUUUGGAGGCUUUGGACCGAAGUCUAAGAUCAUUAUGGAAACUUUUAAAGUCUUGGAUGUCCAAAACGAAUAUAAUGCUGUAAUAGGGCGAACUGCACUUUAUAAACUUCAUGCUGCUGUGUCAAUUUUUCAUUACGCCCUGAAGUUUCCUACCAUUGAAGGAGAAGACACUCAUUAUGGAGAUCAACGAGAAGCCCGAAGUCUGAUGUUGCUCUCAACCUUGCGUAGCCUUCAUAUGAUGAGAAAACAAGAUGCUGAUGACUCCGUUGAGCCAAGUAAUUCAACUCCUGAUGUUGAAAGAACCGAUCAGUUCACCCCGGAUACCAACAUGCCUCAAGCAGAGAUCAACUUGCCGCUUGUCGAUACCGACGUCCCUAUGACGUCGGUCUUGCCUGAAACAUCAACUAAAAUCCCCGAUCAAAAACAACCUUUUCAUGAAAAAGACAUAGAAAUGCAUGAGGAUAUAAACCCAAGGAUGCA